AUGGACGUGCAACAAACAAAUGUUCCUUCAAAAUUCGUUCGAGAAACGACCACUUACCAGGCCUUCAUACACUUGGUUACUAAUGGCAGCCCAGAGGAAAAGCAAUAUUGGGGCAGCUUCGUUACAGGUGAUCGAUUAGCUGCUAUGGGUGCUGCUGAUCCGGUUUUGAAGUCGGCCUACGACACCAUAAAGAAGGACGAAACGCUCAUGACUGACCUGAAGAAGAAAGCCUUCGAAAUGAACGUUUUUAUCGAUGGCAGGACGCAACACCUCAAGGCUUAUCGCCGUUUGCUGCGCAAGGUCUUGGGCGAAAUGAAUACCAAAUUUGGUAUCGAGUAUUCGCUUCUUUUGAACUCGCCUGAAGAAGACUACAUGGAAAUGGCCCCGAUGUCUUCGCCAGCUGGCCAUAGAGCAAUGGAUCAAAGAUGGCCCAGUCUCUUCAACAAGCGAUUGACCAGGAAGAGAGUGGUGCGUGGCAUGACGAAGAUGGAGGUUCAAUGGUCUAAGUUCCGUAAAGUGGAAGGAUUUGAGAAUCACUAUCGCCAUACACAAUGGCAGGUAGAAAUCAAGGGUUGGGAUUUCGGAUCUGACCCUCUCAAGAAGCCUAAUGCUAUGCAAUGUGAUAAACAUGAGUUGCUCGAGGCGUUGAAAGCGGGAACUAUUUCCUUUAUUGGUCCUGCAAGACCAUCUGGAGCUACUACCUUGCCACGAUCACCUGUGCCUAUGAUCAACAGUUCGCCUCCACCAACUUCUCCUGCUGUCGCUGCCCCACCUUUUAGAGCUUCGGAAUUUCGGGUCUUUGCUUUGGUAAGGUGUAACAAUCACAUUUUUAGGUGCAACAAUCACACCUUUCAUAAUGUCCCAGAAUUUCCACCUCAACAAUUGUCCAAUACCCGUUUCAAAAGCAAGAGAAUUCCACCUCUAAGAUUCCGACCUUGCAGUGAUGACAAUGACUUCAAGACCAAAAUUAUAAAAAACACCAUUCUCACUCCUGUCAAGCAGAACAAAUUUUCAGCAUUGUUUGAAGCUGGCUACUAA